AUGGCGGCGCGCAGCAGCGAGACCACCCUGAGCAAGGUGAGGCGCUACUGGACAGGGAGGGCGCCGGACUGGGCCGUCGAGGAGGCAGCACCUGCACCGUCGGCGCCGUCGCCGCCGGCGGCCGUGGAUCAGGAGAGCACGGGCUGUCACCCCGCUCCGAUCGACGAGGAGGAGGAUGACGACGCGCGGGAGGAGCGCAGGAGGUGGACGAGGGAGAGGGCCCUGCGCCUGAGCCGGCAGCAGGAGGAGGAGCUGCUUCUUCGCCAGCAGAACGAACAGUCUGAUCAGGACGACGAGAUGGACUCGGACUCCGGCUCGGGCUCGGGUUCGGACUCCGAGAGCGAGCAGAUGGCCAGCGUCGACGGCGAUGUGCCGGUGCCGCUGUUCAUACCAAGGCCGCAGCGGGGCACCAUUGGGCUCAAGGAGGAGGAGCUGCAACGGCGGCGGCUCGAGGAGGAGCUGACCAAGAAGAGGCUCGAGGACAGGAAGGUCCAGACGAGGCAGAUCCUGCUACGAGAGAUCACCAAAGCGGAGCUCCUCGUCGGCAACACAGCUCCGAACGAAGAAGCCACCAACGCCGGCGUGGUGGACACCGACGACGAGGUGGACCAAGCCGAGGAGCACGAGUCAUGGCGCCUCCGGGAGCUGGCGAGGAUCAAGAGGAGCAGGCAACAGAGCUGCACCGGUGAGACGGCGACGGAGGAGGACAACCAGGUCGCUGACCAUCGACCGAGGAAGAAGAAGAAGAAGACCAAGAAGCAGAUGAGGUUCAUGCAGAGGUACUACCACAAAGGCUGCUUCUUCCAAGACGACGCCGCCGACGGCACCGCGCAGACGGCCGGAGCAUGCGAAAUCUACCGGCGGGAUUUCUCCGGACCGACUGGGCUGGACAACGAAGUGGACGCAUCUCGUCAACGAAGACACCACGUAUGUGAGGUCGUCGUGAAUACACCGUAUGGGCUACUUGUCUUGUGA